AUGGUUUCUGUCGACAAAGCUCACACUCAAUUCAUGGCCAAGUUUGCCGAAACUCGUCAUUUCGCUAAGGAAAACGAAAAGGAUGAAAUCCUUUUGAAGGAGAACAAGCGUAGAUUCGUUAUGUUCCCAAUUAAGUACCACGAAAUCUGGGCUGCUUACAAGAAGGUUGAAGCUGAUUUCUGGACUUCUGAAGAAAUCGAAUACAGCAAGGAUGUCGAAGAUAUCGAAUCUAAGUUGAACGAUGGUCAAAGAGAUUUCUUAGCUAGAUACUUAUCUACUAUGUCUCUAUCUGAAGAAGUCUUGAACUACCAUUUGAUCGAAAAGUUCUCCGCUGAAUUGCAAAACCCAGAAGGUAAGAGUUUCUACGGUUUCCAAAUCAUGAUGGAAAACAUUUACGAUGAAAUUUACGCUUCGAUGAUUGAUGCUUACUUCAAUGGCUCUGAUGAACCAGUUAAGUACUUCAAGGUUGCUAAGACCAUCCCAGAACUAAAGCUAAAGCUUGAUUUCAUUGACAGAUGGAUCAAGAACUCAGAUUCUCUAUACGGUGAAAGAUUAGUCGCUUUUGCUGCUAAGGAAGGUAUUUUCCUAGCUGGUGCUCAUGCCGCCAUCUUCGCUCAAACUAAGAGUGGUCUACUACCAGGUCUAGCUAAGGCUAACACUAACAUCUUCAGAGACAAGGGUAACUACACUGAUUUCUCUUGUUUAUUAUUUGCUCAUUUGAACAAUAAGCCAGAUGCUAAGAUUAUCGAAAAGAUUAUCACUGAAGCUGUUGACAUUGAAAAGAAGUACUUAGUAGAUGCUCUAAAGAUUGAAGAAUUCGGUGUUGAUGUUGCUCAAAUCAACCAAUACGUUGAAUAUUUAGCUGAUUCUCUAUUGAGUUCUUUCGGUAACGACCAAGUCUACAACGUUGCUAACCCAUUCGAAUAUCUAGAAGGUGCUACUACCGUCGGUAAGAGUAACUUCUUCGAAAAGCAAGUUUCUGACUUCACCAAGGCUACUGAAAAUACUCAAAAGGCCGCUGCUCAUGAAGCUUUCUCCUUCAAUGACAGUUUCUAA